AAUCAAACAAGAUCACACAUGACUAUAUUUAGGCUUACACAUUGAGAGAAUUUGAUGAGUCAAAAUGCUUAGAUGAAUAGUUCCAAAAGUCAAAAGUGAACGAAUAUAGUGGGACUGAGGGAGUAUUUUUUUCAAAAGGUGAGCCUGAAAAUUCAAAGUGACAGUACAUUAUACUCCGUAUAUAGUCAGCUGGUAGGAGAGCAGGCAAUCCUUGAUCUCCAUUCCUUGUCCUUUACUUGGAAUGAGAUUCGGAUUCAGCAAUAAUAAUACUCCCCCUUUCAAAAUGGGCAGAGCUCUGUUCUUCUCCUUCUUCUUCUUCUUCUCCCUCUUCUCAUUCCAUCAAACCAGCAGCAGCCCAGCAGAUGAAGAGGCAAUAAUAAAAGAAAAACAGUACUGCAAUAUUUUCAGAGGACAAUGGGUCAAAGAUCCCUCUUACCCUCUCUAUGAUUUCUCAAAGUGCCCCUUCAUAGACAAUGAGUUCAAUUGCAAGAAGUACGGGCGCCCCGAUUCCGACUACCUCAAGUACCGGUGGCAGCCAUCUUCUUGUAACCUUCAAAGGUUCAACGGGCGGGCGUUCUUGAAGAAGAACAGGGGGAAGAAGAUUAUGUUCGUUGGCGACUCACUGAGUUUGAACAUGUGGGAAUCGUUGGGAUGCUUGGUUCAUUCAUCCGCCGGUGAAAGUGGCGCCCUCUACCAAUAUACGUACAUAAAUGGCAUCAAAAACAUUACUUUCUCGAACUACAAUGUUCAAUUGGUGAUGUAUCGCACACCACUCCUGGUUGACAUGGUCAAGACCAAGACAGGCCACACCGUUCUUGUGUUGGACUCCAUGACCAAUGGCAGUAGAGCAUGGAGAAGAAUGGACGUCUUGAUUUUCAACUCAUGGCAUUGGUGGACUCACACCAAGUCCUCCCAACCGUGGGAUUACAUGCAACUAAGAGGAAAGUUGUACAAAGACAUGAACCGCGUGGUUGCGUUCUACCACGGGAUGACGACCUGGGCUAGAUGGGUCAAUCGCCACGUCCGUGGUCCAUCCAAACCCAAGGUCUUCUUCCAAGGGAUUUCCCCUUCCCACUAUGAUGGGAGUGAAUGGGGUAAGCCAUCAAAGUCGUGCGAAGGGGAGGUCGAACCCACUCUUUAUAAUGAGCAGACUUACCUAUCGGAUAUCUCAUCGGAGGCCUUGAUGGUGAUGCAAAGAGUAUUCAAGAGGCUAAAGAAGCCAGUUUAUCUCCUCGACAUCACGGAUCUAUCGCAAGACAGAAAGGACGCUCAUCCAACCACUUAUAGCGACCAUGGCACCAUGGAUUGCAGCCAUUGGUGCCUCCCUGGCUUGCCAGAUACUUGGAACCUUCUACUUUACAAUGCCCUCCUUUGAUCAUUAAUUAAUUUCACUACGGCAUCUUGGGAUCCGCUAAUUAUUACUAUAUUAUACUCACUCCGUUUGAAGAAACAACUUCACCUCCAUCUUUUGCGCAUCCCACAAAAAAAUUUCUUCACCUAAAAUGUCUAAAAUACACUUUAUUUCUUUUUUAUUACGGUCAAAAAUUAUUUUGGGAGUAUUUUAGACAUUUUAGGUAGAGUAUAAGUGUUUUGUGGGAUGUACAAAAAAUAGAUAUGAAACUAUUUUUCAAACAAAGGUGAGUAUAUAAUAUGAUGAUAGAGAACUCAUCUACACCCAUUUGUUAGUGUAGGUAUUUGUUUUCCUGGUGAAUAACAGGGACGCCCCCAGAUCACCCUACUCUUGUAUAGUGAUGGUUGUUGCUUCCCGCUAUAUAUUGGUCUUGAGUUUCAUUGAUUUUAAGUACAUUACUAUAAAACAUUUUUAUGAGUGUAAUUUUAUUCCCCAUUAAUUUACGAUU